GAAUCGAGGUUCCGCGCGGGCGGAGACGAGAAGCAGCGCUCGGGCACGCGGGGACGGCGGCCGGCGCGGGCGGGCGCGGCCUUUGUCUCCACCUCCAGCGCGCUCCGCGGCUGCACCGGCCGGAUGAGCCCGGGGCCCCCCGGCGCUCGGGCCGCCCGCAGCCCCUGACCUGACCUGCCCUCGCCAUGGCCGAAGCCACCUCCAGCGCCGGGGGCACGUCCCUGGAGGGCGAGCGUGGCAAGAGGCCCCCGCCUGAGGGCGAGCCUGCAGCCCCGGCGUCUGGAGUUCUGGAUAAGCUUUUUGGAAAGCGGCUUCUGCAGGCUGGUCGCUACCUGGUGUCUCACAAGGCGUGGAUGAAGACAGUGCCCACGGAGAACUGCGACGUGCUGAUGACCUUUCCAGACACGACUGAUGACCACACGCUGCUAUGGCUGCUGAACCACAUCCGCGUGGGCAUCCCUGAGCUCAUCGUGCAAGUCCGCCACCACCGCCACACGCGUGCCUAUGCCUUCUUCGUCACCGCCACGUAUGAGAGCCUACUUCGAGGAGCCGACGAGCUGGGUUUGCGCAAAGCGGUGAAGGCCGAGUUUGGCGGGGGCACCCGCGGCUUCUCUUGCGAGGAGGACUUCAUCUACGAGAAUGUGGAGAGUGAGCUGCGCUUCUUCACCUCCCAGGAACGCCAGAGCAUCAUCCGCUUUUGGCUGCAGAACCUACGCGCCAAGCAGGGCGAGGCGCUGCACAAUGUGCGCUUCCUGGAGGACCAGCCAAUCAUCCCUGAGCUGGCGGCCCGCGGGAUCAUCCAGCAGGUGUUCCCGGUCCACGAGCAGCGCAUCCUGAACCGCCUCAUGAAGUCAUGGGUGCAAGCUGUGUGUGAAAACCAGCCUCUAGAUGAGAUCUGUGACUACUUUGGAGUGAAGAUUGCCAUGUACUUUGCCUGGCUGGGCUUCUACACAUCAGCGAUGGUAUACCCAGCUGUCUUUGGCUCUGUCCUGUACACAUUUACGGAGGCUGAUCAGACAAGCCGGGAUGUAUCGUGUGUGGUUUUUGCCCUCUUCAAUGUGGUCUGGUCAACCCUGUUCUUGGAGGAGUGGAAACGGAGGGGGGCAGAGCUGGCCUACAAAUGGGGGACGCUGGACUCACCUGGGGAAGCUGUGGAAGAACCGCGACCCCAGUUCAGGGGUAUCCGGCGCAUCAGCCCUGUGACGCAGGCUGAGGAGUUCUACUACCCGCCCUGGAAGCGGCUGCUCUUCCAGCUGCUUGUGAGCCUCCCCUUGUGCCUCACGUGCCUGGCCUGCGUGUUUCUGCUCAUGCUUGGCUGCUUCCAGCUGCAGGAGCUGGUGCUGAGCGUGAAAGGGCUGCCCCGUCUUGCCCGCUUCCUGCCCAAGGUAGUGCUGGCUUUGCUGGUCAGCGCGAGUGCCGAGGGCUAUAAGAAGCUCGCCAUCUGGCUCAACGACAUGGAGAAUUACCGGCUGGAGAGCGCCUAUGAGAAGCACCUCAUCAUCAAAGUCGUCCUGUUCCAAUUUGUCAAUUCCUACCUGAGUCUCUUCUACAUCGGCUUCUACCUCAAAGACAUGGAGCGCUUGAAAGAGAUGCUGGCCACUCUGCUGAUCACCCGCCAGUUCCUCCAGAACGUGCGCGAGGUCUUGCAGCCGCAUUUGUACCGGCGGCUGGGCCGUGGCGAGCUCAGCCUGCAGGCAGCCUGGGAGCUGGCCCGUGCCCUGCUCGGCCUGCUGAGCCUCCAGCGCCCUGCACCCCGUCGCCUCGAACCCCAGGCCGAAGAGAGUGGCAGCGGCGGCGGGGCCCGCAGGUGUCUCGGUGGGGGCUGCGGGGCACCUGAGGAGGAGGAGGAGGCUACAGUGGAGCGGCGGCCGGCAGGGGAGGGUGGGGAGGUGGGGGACAGGCCUCAGGAGGGCAAGGAGGAAGAGGAGGAGGAGGAGGAGGAGGAGGAGGAGGAAGAUGACGAGGACGAGGGCGAGGAGAACGGCCUCCUGGACUGUGGGCUCCGGCUGAAGAAGGUCAGCUUUGCUGAGCGAGGUGCUGGGCGGCGGCGGCCUGGCCCGGAGGCCCUCCUGGAGGAGGGGAGCCCCACUAUGGUGGAGAAGGGGCUGGAGCCGGGAGUAUUCACGCUGGCCGAAGAAGACGAUGAGGCCGAAGGGGCUCCCGGCAGUCCUGAGCGGGAGCCUCCGGCCGUCCUGCUCCGCCGGGCUGGGGGCGAGGGCCGUGACCAGGGGCCAGAUGGGGGCCCGGACCCAGAGCCUGGUUCAGGUGACUCGGGCCGGAGGCAGCGGCGGCAGAAUCGGUCGUCUUGGAUUGACCCACCCGAGGAGGAGCACUCACCCCAACUCACCCAGGCCGAGCUUGAGAGCUGUAUGAAGAAGUACGAGGACACCUUCCAGGACUACCAGGAGAUGUUCGUGCAGUUCGGCUACGUUGUCCUCUUCUCGUCUGCCUUCCCCCUGGCUGCUCUGUGCGCCCUGGUCAACAACCUCAUCGAGAUCCGGAGCGACGCCCUCAAGCUGUGCACGGGGCUGCAGCGGCCCUUCGGGCAGCGGGUUGAGAGCAUCGGCCAGUGGCAGAAGGUGAUGGAGGCCAUGGGCGUCCUGGCCAUCGUGGUCAACUGCUACCUAAUCGGCCAGUGUGGGCAGCUGCAGCGCCUCUUCCCCUGGCUCAGCCCUGAGGCGGCCAUUGUGUCUGUGGUGGUGCUCGAGCACUUCGCCCUGCUCCUCAAGUACCUCAUCCAUGUGGCCAUCCCCGACAUCCCAGGCUGGGUGGCUGAGGAGAUGGCCAAGCUUGAGUACCAGCGCCGGGAGGCCUUCAAGAGACAUGAACGCCAGGCCCAGCACCACUACCAGCAGCAGCAGCGGCGGCGGCGGGAGGAGGAGGAGCGCCAGCGCCACGCGGAGCACCACGCCCGGCGAGAGCGCGAUGCCAGCGGCCGGGAGGAGGCUCGGGCCGAAGGCUCAGGGCUGGACCCCGCUGCCCCUGAGAAGGCCUCCGCCAAGGCCAAGGGCAGUGGGGCAGGUGGCCACGGGCAAGAGCGGCCCAAGCGCCCGGGGUCCUUGCUGGCGCCCAACAACGUCAUGAAGCUGAAGCAGAUCAUCCCGCUGCAGGGCAAGUUCCUGUCGUCUGGGGCUGCAUCUUCAUUGGCCAGCGCGGGGGCUGGCCCUGCCGCCCGGCCACCCCCUGCCCAGUCACCCACGGGUAGCGACACCCGCCUGCCAGCCUUCCUCAGCUUCAAGUUCCUCAAGUCGCCUGAGACCCGGCGGGACCCAGAGCGCAGCCACUCACCGCCCAAGGCCUUCCACGCCGGCAAGCUCUUCCCUUUCGGCGGGGCCCGGGCUGACACCGGGGCCAACGGGGCAGGUGGGCAGGCCCGGCUGGACGGGACCCCCGGCGGUGGAGGAGGCCGAGGCCAGCGGAGUGGGCCGAUGGACGAGGCCGCGGCUGAGGAGCCGGACGCCCCCCGGCCCGAAGAGGAAGGCUCAGGGACAGCGCUGGCCCCCGUGGGCGCCCCUGCCCUCCGCACCCACCGCAGCCGGAGCCCCGACCAACAAAGAGGCUGA